UGUGGCAGAAGAAUACACCCAGCAAAACCCACAUUGCGGCACUAGUCCAAGGCACCUCUCUCUCUCUCUCUCUCCUGCUCAUUUUCUCGGGGGCAACCCCUUUUGACCUCCGUCACUCCUCCCCGAUAUCCCCGCAGGACGCCGGGAAAAGUGCCGGAACCCUACCCGGGAACUAGGUUCCUGAUUGCGCGCAGUGGAGCUCCAUCAUGAGUUUUCUCUCAAUGCUGAUUUUCUGAGCUUUAUAGAACCGGAGCUUAGGGAUUCUUCGUGUAAAAGAUAAGACGAUGGGUUGUGCUGGAUCUUCUCGAGCCAAAGGAGAUGGGACUGUAAAAAAGAUCCGAAAGCCAAAACCUUGGAAGCAUCCUGAUCCCAUAACUAGAAUUCAGCUUGUAAAAAUGCGUGAUGAGUUUUGGGACACUGCUCCUCACUAUGGUGGGAGGAAAGAGAUUUGGGAUGCACUGCGAGCUGCAGCAGAAGCUGACAUAGCCCUUGCACAAGCAAUAGUGGAGAGCGCCGGUGUCAUUGUUCAAAAUGCUGAUUUGACAAUUUGCUAUGAUGAAAGAGGUGCAAAAUAUGAAUUGCCCAAGUAUGUUUUGAGUGAGCCAACUAACUUGAUCCGUGAGAAUUGAAUAUGCAAGCAGAAGAUAUGUAAAUGUGUAUAUUAUUUUCAUUCUCUUUUGUAUCUUCUUUUAAAUCUGGUUCACUCUCAUGUAAUUUCAUUUGGAUUUACUUUGUGAUCUUUUCUGUUUCUUCGGUUAAUUGAACAACCAAGAAUGCAACAUCAA